AAACGACGUACCUUGCCGCUUAAUCCUGAACGGGUUCUGGAUGCACCGGAAGUACUGGAUGAUUAUUAUAUUGAUGUUUUGAGCUGGAGUCAUCUAGGACCAUUAAUAAUUGGGUUGAAUGACAUGUGCUAUUUAUGGAAUCAGACCGAGGAAGCAGUGGCCAUGAUUUACCAGGCUUGUUUUCCAGACUAUAUUUCAUGCUGCUCGUUUUCACCACAAGGACAUCAGGCAGUGGUUGGCACUUCAUGUGGAAAGUUACUUUUAUUCGACGUGCCAAACUCGACUCCGCUUCAUCCACUGCAAUCUCAUUCUCAUGCUCCAGGUAUCAGCGCACUUCGAUGGAUUGAUGCCAACACAUAUAUUAUUGGUGACACCCAUGGUGACCUGCAUGUUUGGGACAUUCGGCAUCAACGUACAACUCCUACAAUCACUGCUUCUGGAUUUCAUCUUGAUCGUGUAGUUGGUAUUGCUACUCACUGGGAUGAGCAUACGAUUGCUACAGGAGGAAAUGGACAUUUAGUUAAUUUAUGGGACAUGAGACAGCUUGAACGGCCUAGUAGAGUAUUAAAACAUCAUACAUCGGCUGUUAGAGCUUUGCAGUUUUGUCCGUGGGAGCGGAAUGUAUUAGCUACAGGUGGUGGUUUACAAGAUGGAAAGCUCUGUAUUAUAGAUACCGAUGAUGGAACAUGUACAUCUACGAUCGAGACUGAUACUCAAGUUUGUCAAAUAGUAUGGUCCAAGCACUACCGCGAGCUUAUAUCAUUGCAUGAUCUGGACAAAGAUCAAAUGGUAUUGUGGCGAUAUCCUAGUAUGGAGCAAGUAGGAAUGCUGCCAGGACAUACGGGUGCUCGGCCCUUGUAUGUUGCACUAAGUCCUGAUGGUCAAACUGUUGCUACUAUGGCGGGUGAUGAAACCAUCAAGUUUUGGAAAUGUUUUCCGACA